AUGCGUCCUCCAGAUCAGCCCGUCGACCACCAUCAUUACGUGAAACCAGGCAAACGAUCCGCCAAGCAUCCAGUCAAUACGGCAGCUCAGACGCGUGGUCGCCCUACUUCCAGUCAUGAUUAUCAGCGGUUGUUGACAUCGGUUUCGACAGACCAGCGGCCCUUGCUACGACAAGACUCGACGUCCUCCGAAUCUACUCGGUCUGCAUCCCCAUCGCCCAGUCGCUCAUUCAUAGAACAAUACGGCCGUUGCCUCCAGAUGGUACACUAUGGUAUACAUAGCACAACGCGUCUGCAUCAAUCCAGAGAUAAGCAACUUGUAGCGAUCAAAGUCUACCGGCGCACCAUCCUAAGGGGCUGUCCCAAUACCUCUCAUUCAGCAUCCCUGCACUCUGAACACCCCAACAUCCUUCCAAUCCUCAACCUACUCCAUAAUGAACGUGGGGAACUUUGCCUUGUCAUGCCACACUGCGCUGGCGGCGACCUAAACACACUACUAGCUCGCCACGGAUCCCUCCCACCUCAAGAAGCGGACUGUAUCAUGACACAAAUCCUCCGCGCCCUUGCCUUCCUGCAUAACCAGGACACAGCACACCGCGAUAUCCGUCUAGAAACCGUCCUACUUACUGCUAGGGGCGCAGUCAAGCUAGCUGGGUUUGGUGAUGGACAUAUCCGACGGAUCUGGGAGAAUUCCGUAUCAAGACUGACGGCAUCUGGGGAAGCAAGGCUGCCCCCAAGACCACAGCCACAGGCGACAUGGUCGUCCGCGUUGCCAUCGCUCCUUAUUUCACUCUGUCGAAGUUCUGAUUUCUUUUCUCGCGAUAGUAGUACCAUUGUCGCGAAUACAUCCACGCCUUCGUUUGUAGGGAUGAGCCUUUCAUAUGUCCCACCUGAGGGCUUCAAAAGCUACCUUAAUCCUUCUUCGCAUCAUGAAAAUCGGGAUUGCGAGGAGUGCGAUCCUCGUCCUGCUGAUGUAUGGGCUACUGCUAUAACGUACAUGGCUCUCGUCACCGAUGGGAUGUUGUGGGGUAGUGCGCGGCCACAUCGGGAAGAUGCACGGUAUCUAGAAUAUCUUGAUUCCCGCUGUGGAUAUGACGGAUAUCCACCAAUCGAGGCACUGGGGCAGAAACGACGCAACGCCAUUUAUGCAAUGUUGCAUCCUGAUUACUGGAAGCGGAUUACAACCGCAAAGCUCUUGCGAUCAGAGUGGAUACAAAGUGUGGAGGUUUGCGAAGCCGGUGCGAAUGGAUAUUGA